AUGGCGUUGGGCCCUGAGUACAAGGCAGGAGUACUUGACCUUGAUCCUGAGGCCCUUGAGAAAAGGAAGGACAGGCUGAACCCCUGGGCACGGAUGGUCGGUGCACUGAUCACAGCACUGAUUCUGGGGGUGACAGAGUCUGUUCUCGCGAAUGAGGUAGCUUCGUGCGACAGCUCCUGUGCCGUCGGGCCCUCCGGGAGCACCCAGGACCUCGGACCUGGGGCCGGGGAGAGCACCCGGGCGUCUGACGGCACCAGCAGCCGCCUCGUGAAUGGGACCGACUGCGAGAGGCACAGCCAGCCGUGGCAGGGUGCGCUGUUGCUAGAACCAGAGUUGGUCGUGAUCGGCACCAUCUUCCUCAGAGUUUUCAGAAUCCGUCUUGGCCACCAUUCCCUGCCACCCAUAUAUGAAUCCAGGCAGCAGCUGUUUCAGGGGGUCAAAUCCAUCCCCCACCCUGGCUAUUCCCACCCCGGCCACUCCAAUGACCUCAUGCUCAUCAAACUGAACAAAAGAAUCGGGGAGACUCAACAUGUCAGGCCCAUCAACAUCUCCCAUUGUCCAUCUGCUGGGACCAGCUGCUUGGCGUCUGGCUGGGAAACAACCAACAGUCCCCAGUCCACCUACCCCGAAGUCCUCCAGUGCUUGGACAUCACUGUGCUAAGUGAGGACACGUGCAAGACGGCCUAUCCAAAUCAGAUAGAUGGCACUAUGUUCUGUGCUGGUGACCAGGCCGGCAGAGACUCCUGCCGGGGUGAUUCCGGAGGCCCCGUGGUCUGCAGUGGUUCCCUCCAGGUCCUUGUGUCCUGGGGAGACUUCCCCUGCGCCCAGCCCAACAGACCCGGCGUCUACACCAACCUCUGCCGGUUCUCCAAGUGGAUCCAGGACACAAUCCAGUCUAAUUCAUGA